GCAGGGGCUGGCCCGGGGCAUAAAACCCGGCCCAGGCUGCGGGCUCAGCACAGCUCAGUGUCCGCCUGCAGCCACCAUGGUGCACUGGUCGGCCGAGGAGAAGCAGCUCAUCACCAGCGUGUGGGCCAAGGUCAGCGUGGAGGAAUGCGGCGCCGAGGCCCUGGCCAGGCUGCUGAUCGUCUACCCCUGGACCCAGAGGUUCUUCUCUGACUUCGGGAACCUGUCCAGCCCCACGGCCAUCACCGGCAACCCCAAGGUGCGUGCCCAUGGCAAGAAGGUGCUGACCUCCUUCGGGGAGGCCAUCAAGAACCUGGACAACCUCAAGGGCACCUACUCCAAGCUGUCCGAGCUGCACUGCGACAAGCUGCACGUGGACCCCGAGAACUUCAGGGAGAGCUUCCAGCCCCAGCAGAGCCCCAAGCCCAUCCAGAGGCACACCUGGCUCAUCCAGUCCUGCUCAUCUGCAGCACACCCUGAAGAUUUCACACAACCCCAACCUAAUUUUUCUGCAUCAUAUAGACAGAAAAGAAAGGCUUCCUCAAAUCUUAUGGCCUUCCACAAGGUAUAGCUGGAUUUUAUUGCA